GAGGCUCGUGAUCGUCAGUCGAACGCGACCAUUUCGCGCGUAAAGGUGUCGUCAGUGUCCGUCGGUUUCAUCGAAAGCUGUUGGCGAUCGGAAGUCGGCGACAUGCGAGCGCCUCGCCUCGCAGACCGAUCCUAUCAUCCGUCGAUUUUGGACCGAAGUCGAACGAUCUCGCCCCCUGCUCGUACCAAGAGAAACGCGACUCUGCACGAUGUUUCGGUGGAGCAACGUUAGGAGGUAAUCCUUUCGGGAUAAACAGUCGCGAAUCGGAGACGCCUUCGAAAGAUGGAAAGACCGCUGGUGUGGAUCGUUCUGGGCUUGGUGGUCGUGGGUCACACUGCAGGGGGUUUAUCUCCGGAGGGGGUGAUGUGCGGCGGGAACCGUUGCUCCACCGUCGAGUACUGCAACCGUUACGUCGAACACUGCAAACCGUGCUCGUCCAUUUGCGACGCCGAUAGUUCCAACUACCAGCCGGUCGAGUGUCUUUCCGAUUGUCAAGAAUAUCUGCACGACAAGCGAUACGUUCUCUUGAAGCAGUACGAGGACCUACGAGGGGAGGUUCGAAGAUUAUGGAUCUUCGUCGCGAUAGCAAUCGCCGUGGGUCUCGUCUCGUUGCUGACGACUUUGUACCUGCUCACCACGAGGUUCGCCAAGUGGAAAAAGCUGCGAGGCGCGUUUCGUCGCGCGUUUACCGGCAACUGGGUAAAGACUGCUCGCAACGCCAACGAUAGUAAUAACCAUAGCAACAACAACAACAUCAACAACAACAACAACAAGAAAAAUAACAGAGCUCAAGACGAUCCGGAGAUGGGCACGAGCAGACAGAAUGGUUUGAGGUUAGCUAUGCCAACGAUCAGCGCUAGCGUAGCUCCUUCGCGGGUGGUGGGAAACGCAAAUGCAAACGGAAGUAGAAACGGAAGUGGAAACGGAAGUGGAAGUGGAAUCGGGAUCGAUAACGGGACGCCAAACACCACGAGCACCUCUCUGUCCGGAAGACAUCCCAGCGAGGACACCACUCUCGAUUACGCUUACGAUAAUCCGGCUAUGACCCCGAGUCCGGAGUCCGUUCAAAUCAGGACGAAUCGCGAGAGUUCCUUUUAACAGAAAUCUCUUUCCACGAUCGAAAUUGUACAUAGAGUAACGUUAAGUACUUAAUAGCGCGUGCAUCGUCGCGCACGCGACCCGUCGCAAAUCCUUAUCAGUCGUUCCGUCCACGAAAGGCCUUUCGAGCGAAGCUUGACGCCUCUACGGCAACGAGAGCGUGCUUCGUAUAGGUCAGCGACGGUACGCGCGAGACCCAGGAAUAAAUCGAUCGACCACGGAGGGACUGGACGCGACGGUCAGCCAUUGUCGCGUCUCCCCAAAUCGAAUGAAAAUUUAUAGAAAGAUAUUUAAACAAUUAUACAAGUUCGACUCGUCCCCUCCCUCGAUCGAUUUGUUCGUUGGAGCGUCUCUCGGCCCGCUGUCCUUAGCAUAAGUUCGCGUAAGUAGCGUACUCGAUUGUUGCACCCCCCCAAACUCACCCCUCGAAACGAUCCCGCGCGAUUUCUCGACCAUCGUUUUACGUCGACGCCGGAGAUCGUUGCUCGAACGGGUAUUGUUAAUUUUUUAAGUAUUCCUCAUCGUCGACAUCGUAGUUUGUACACGAAUAAAAUAUAUCGUACAUUUGAAUGAAAA